AGAGUGACAGAGCCCCGGAGUUAUUCCCCCUCCCUCCAUCACGCUAAUUUUCCCUCCAUUUCUCUCUCGCCAAACACAUUUUAGCAGUCUACAGAGCUCAACCAUGGAGUCUUUUCAUAUUCUUUUGGUCUUGCUGGUGAAAUCCAAACUCCGAUUCGAGCUCUCUCGGCGUUUCCGUUCUUUUGAUCGCACAGCAGAGUCGUAAAACUGAGAUUUCCGGGGUAGAGGUUUUGAAGAGUUAGGGUUAGUCAACUGCAUUUUAGAUUAGACGUCUUUGAUCGUUCAGCGCCGGGAUUUUGAUUCUCGGUAGACUUCGCGACGACGAACUCGUCCCUAGCUGGCACAGUUCUUGGAGCUUUCAAGAAAAUGAGCGCCGGAGCUCCGUCUGAAGGCUUGCUGGAGGAAUCAGGAGCAGAUGAUGGAGACCUUGCGCCAUCGUUCAGCAAAGGCUCGAAGUUUGCGUAUUCAGCGGAUUUUCUCUUGUCCAUAGCUGUGUUGGAUAUAUGCCAGAGGUUGCCUUGCAACUUCGAUUCCGAGAUAUUGCGUGAGCUUGACGAACGCCCUACAAUUUGGCCGCAGCCGAAGACCGAGUCUGAGUUUGCGAGAUGGGAUGGCAACAUUCUAUCAACUAGUUGGAGAGUUAGUCCUGAAAAUGGAAUUUUAGGGAAGAAUCAUCCUGACAGUGUUAUUUCAGGGAAGAAUACUUCUGAAAGUGAAGCUCUAGGGCAGAACAAUCCUGAAAGUGGAAUUUUAGGGAAGAAUCAUCAUGACAGUGUAAUUUUAGGGAAGAAUACUUUUGAAAGUGGAACUCUAGGGAAGAACAAUCCUGAAAGUGGAAUUUUAGGGAAGGGUGCUCUCCUGCCAGCACCUGAACCUAUAGCUGUUGACUCUGCUCCAAAGAUUCACGAGGGUAGUACCUGUCAUCUGCUAACCCGAAGUGCUGCACCAUAUCGGCCUCCACAUCUAUACAGGAUGGAUCUCCAUUCUGGAACAGAGAAAAUGGACAUUGGCAGAGAGAAAACAUUUGAUUCCUUGAGACCACGGAGGACUGAAGUGGAAAAACAGAGGGAAACAUCUGAAUCAUUGUGGAGUGAUCGUCAAGUAACUCAGGAGACUCAGAAGAACAUUUCAGAUGAUCAGAAAGAAAACCAGGAGCCAAGUAACGCCACAGGCUCAGGAGAUUCCCAGAAGUAUGAAGUUGACGAAAGUUGGACAUCCGAGAAACUGAAGAGUAAGGCUGGCCAGACCACCAUAUCCUGUCCUUACUUCCUAUCUUGGGUUAAGCCAGCUGGCAAUAGCAUGUCCAGUAUCGACGGCAAACAUGGAACAGGAGAAGCACAUAUGGAUCACGGCACAAAGCUGAACGAGCAUCCAUUGACAAGUAUCCCUUCAGAAAGUAACGAAGGUACAGGCCAGUCCCACCCAUCUACCUCUCUUGCCUCUGUCUAUCACCAGCAACUGCAUGAAUGGGACAACAAAGCAACUAUUUGUGCAAACCCUUCUGGUCCUACGCAAGACAAUCCAGAGAUCGAUGAUGCCGACUAUCAGGAUCUCCUUGCUUUAAUAGAGGAAGAAAUUGCGUGCCAGUCUACUGACCUGCGGUGUAGCCAGGACCUCUCGAUGCUGGGUUUCUCCGAGUUCGACCUUGGAGGGCAGAGACCAAUUCCGGCCUCCCGUGACGAUGGCAUAGUUCUUCCAUCCGAAGUCGACGCUUCAAGCUGCAAUGAGACGAUCCUUAAGGACGAUGAGCAUGCUGAUGAAGUGACUCCAGAAGUUCCAAGUGAACAAGAAACUUCAGUAGACUCAGCUGCCACCCAUUUCCAUGAGAAGCCUCAUACAAGUGACGAAAUCUGCUGGCCGGAUGAAGACAGUUUGAUUACUAUCGACGACUUCUUAUGUCCAAUGGAUGAAGCCUCCGGCGGCGAACUGUGUAAGCAGCAGUCCUGCCCACCGUUGCUUGGCUGUCGGAGGAAAUCAGAGAACAAGAAGCAGACCAAAUGUGUUUAUGCUCCAAAGCCUAUGGGACCAAUGAUAUGUUCUCCUCCUCCACCUCCUCCUGGUAUGGGGCCAUGGUUCCCUGUCCUGCCUCCUCGGCCGCCGCCGCAUCCUAUGCAUCAGAUGGGGCCCUAUCCUCCUAGCAUGUGUUACCCCUUUGGUAAUCAGGUCCACAUCUAUACGAACCUAUUGGCCAGACCAGAUCAGAACUUGGGGUGGCCUUGGUUCGGCAACGCUUAGAUCUUAUUGGACGUCGUAGGUGAGCAACAUGUCUAGUUACCGUCUUAUAUACACCUCAUUGCAGUCAGGAUUUGCUUUUAGAAAUCAGACACUUCUGAUUAGAGUUAGUCUCUGAGCUAGAUACGUAACCAUAUAUGUUGGUUAGAAGUACCAAAAUUAGGGUCCUAGUUGAAUUAGCUGAGGAUUAGGAAUUUCCCAACUCUGGAAAGAAACAAGGGGAGCAUGUGAAGCGAAUAGUAGCCUAUGGUAGUCAAUGUUCAAAGUAGCGAAGACCUUUACAAUAGUAUACUUUUAACAUCUCCACUGGGGCUGAGUCGAAUUUGUGUAUCUGGUCAACCUCGGGCAGGAAACUUGAAUACACAAAUCAUUUUUUUCAAUUUUUUUUCUUCAAAAACCUGUACCAAAUCAGGUGUCUUUUCAUUCUGAAUAUCCGAGUGGCAGGAAUCUCAAUAAUCCUGCUCGAAAAUACGAUCCA